AUGGCUAACAAUUCUAUUAAAUUAUUAGCCCCAGAUGUGCACAGAGGGUUGGCCGAACUGGUCUCCAAACGGUUGGGUGUGCCACUGACCGACUGUAAAAUAAUAAGAGACCCCACUGGGGAAGUUUCCUUUUCUAUUGGGGAGUCUGUCAGAGAUCAAGAUAUCUUCAUUAUCACCCAGAUUGGCUCUGGCGUGGUAAACGAUCGUGUUUUGGAGUUGCUGAUUAUGAUCAAUGCUUCCAAAACCGCAUCAGCAAGGAGAAUCACAGCUAUCAUUCCAAACUUCCCUUACGCUAGACAGGACAGAAAGGACAAAUCCCGUGCUCCUAUCACUGCUAAACUGAUGGCUGACAUGCUAACUACAGCUGGGUGCGAUCAUGUCAUUACCAUGGACCUGCACGCUUCUCAAAUCCAAGGGUUCUUUGACGUUCCUGUUGACAACUUGUAUGCCGAACCAAGUGUGGUUCGUUAUAUCAAGGAAAAUGUGAAGUACGAUGAGGCUAUCAUCAUUUCUCCCGAUGCCGGUGGGGCUAAGCGUGCUGCUGGCCUGGCUGAUCGUUUGGAUCUAAAUUUUGCUUUAAUCCACAAGGAGCGUGCUAGAGCCAACGAGGUUUCUCGUAUGGUGCUUGUUGGUGAUGUGACCGGAAAAAUCUGUAUUAUUGUGGAUGAUAUGGCUGAUACAUGUGGUACAUUGGCCAAAGCCGCCGAAAUAUUAUUGGAAAACCGCGCCCAGUCGGUUAUUGCCAUAGUGACUCAUGGUGUCCUAUCUGGUAAUGCCAUCAACAACAUCAACAACUCUAAGUUGGACAGAGUGGUCUGUACAAAUACCGUGCCCUUCGAAGAUAAGAUGAAGUUGUGUCCAAAAUUAGACGUCAUCGAUAUAUCUGGUGUCUUGGCAGAGAGUAUCCGCCGUUUACACAACGGUGAGAGUAUCUCCUACCUUUUCAAGCAUUAUCCACUCUAG